GCUACUGAAGAAGGCAUUACCAAAGGAAGUACUGCUCUGCAGGCUUAUUUAUUUGCUUGAGUGACCGACCAUGCAACAGAGCUAUGCAUAUCCACAAGUGUUCAUGGUGGAUGGAAAUCCGAACUGCAAUCCUUAUGUGCAGGCACCAGUCUGGACUCUGCCCACAUUGAAGAAGAGGAGAAAGUGGGACUGCAAGACAGUGGCCUCCAUUCUGAUCCUGAACUUGGUUCUACUAGCUCUGGCGUGGGUUGCACUGGGGACAGUCUAUUUAAUUGACCUCCAAAAGGAUAUUAAAGAAAUAAAAGAGGACAAAAGAGAGAAGAGUCCACAUGCAGAGAAAAUUAUUGGAGCUCAAAAUGUGACAGAGCCACCUAAGAAUCUCAAAGCAGCUGCACAUCUAACAGUAGGUUCUUAUAACAACAAAGGUUCCAACCCACUCAUGUGGGACGAUCGUCUGGGCCAUGCAUUUACCAGGGGUGUCCUAUAUAAAGACAGAGGUCUGUUCGUCAAUGAAACUGGAUUUUUCUUCGUAUAUUCAAAGAUCUAUUUCCGAGCAUUCAGAUGUGAAGUAAACAAGAAUUUGGAGCACGUCAUAUUCAAACGAACAAAUCGCUAUCACAAAGAUUUGAUUCUCAUGGAAACCAAGAAAACAAGCUAUUGUUCAUUGAAUGACAAGGAAUGGGCCACAAAUAGUUACCAAGCAGGAAUAGUAUUUCUUUCCAGAGGAGAGUCCCUUUAUGUUAAUGUGUCAUAUCCAAAGCUAGUUGACUCCGAUGAAUCUAAAACUUUCUUUGGAUUAUAUAAGCUUUAACACACUUUUGCUAAUUUAUAUAUUACUGAAUAGCUGAAAUAAUUUUAUUUAAACAAAAAUUAAAAUAAUGUAUUCCACUCACAUAUGUCCUGAACACCGACAUUUAAGAUCUUCACCCUUUGAUUGAUCCUUUCAGUUUCCAACCACGAAAGAAUUUGGGAAAGCGAUUCACUUUGAUCUUCCAGCCUAUUUUACCUGGGGAUGAUCUGCUCUCCGCAGGAGGGAGGAGUGGAU